AUGGGAGAAAGAAGACAGUUUACCUGGGAAGAACUGGUUUCUUUAAAUCAAAAGCACAACGCACAUAUAGCUGUUCGCGGAAAGGUGAGAAAAAUAGGCACGAAUGAUUGAAUUGGCAAAUAUUGUUUCGCAGGGAGUAUUUGGGAGGUUUAGCUAACACGAAGACGACCGCAGUCAAAGAAUGACCAAACAGGGGCACCCAACGAAAAUAUAGUUCAAAACCACUCAAACAUAGCAUUGAUGAACGUAUUUUAGUAUUUAAACGGUAGAUAUAGGCAUAUUUUUAUCUCCUAAAAAUUAUUCAUCUGUUCGGAUUUCCUAGCUGAAAGUCUAGUGAUCCAAAAAUUAUAGGGAUCAAAACUUACCUUUUCGAAAAUUUCAGCCAGAAAAAAGGUUCCCGAAAAUUCUUGGUGACCUUUUUAGGGCAAAAAUCCGUAAAAAAUGGGCAAUUAUACCAUUUUUUAUAUGUUCGAAAAUCCUAGGAGAGGCAGGCAAGCAAGAAAGUUUACAACAAAUGUUUCGAAAAUACUAAAUCUCAAAUCGUCUUCCGAACAGACAUUAUCCGAAAAUUGACGUUGGGUGCCCCUGACCAAAAGCUUUGGACUUGGUUUUAGGAGAGAUGAUGAAAACAACAGCACCGCAGGUGCAUCUUUUUUUGAAGUUAGAUACAUUCCUAAAGAAUUUCACUCCAGGAAAAUUCGCAUUCAAGUGACCAAAUUGAGAAAAGCAAAUUCUUUUAAAAGAGACGUUUUUGUCGCCGGUGGUUGCAUAAUCUCUUUAAUUUAAAGGUCAUUGGCAUAUUAAUUUGUUUUUGUAUUUGGGGUUUGCAUUUCUACUGCGACGAGAAUCUCAUCUGAGUGGCUCACACCAACAUUUUUUUCAAGGCGUUCACGGGUAACUCGACCUCCUAAAAACACAAUAUCUAGAAAAGUUUUUAACAAAGAAAUUUAAUGCUCCUUAAUACUUGGCAAGUUUUAUGCAUCAUUGCCUAAACAUAUUGGCCCACGGACUGAACGGUUGAUUUAACUUAGGCAUAGAGGGAUAGAUAGGAUAACAGCAAGCGUCGGUGCUUCAGUUGGAAUUACUUAUUUAAUAAUGUAUUAUAAUUCAGGAAACUGUACACUUAAUAUGUAUUAUAAAACAGACCAAAACCCGGGAGAAUGGUUUCAAGUAUCAAACAUCAUACGUACAUACGUACGUACAUACAUCAUAAGGCACCUACACGUAAUCAUAAGUACCAUUCAAUAGUACCUUUUCAAGUUGUGAUUGGCCUUUUCCUGCCCGCCCACAGAUAAUGGUUAGCUCACGCGCAUGACAUACUGACCCUUGGUUGACGGUUGAAUUUGCUGCACAUAACAACAACAUCAACAAAAACAACAUGAUCAUUUAUUUUACUGGAGGACUUAAAACUGUGAUCUAUUAAUAUAAAGCCCUUCAGCAAUCCAAGGCCGGGCGAACAAAAUAAAGAAUGAACAUUAUCGCAAUUGUUUGACAGUUUGAUCGACAUGCAAAAUAUUGUUGUUGAACCAACUGGGCUUACGCUUCAAACAAAGACGCUAUUUGAUAUUUGUUGCCCACGGCAAGUAUAGCCUAGUGUAUGACUUGGCGAAAGCAAGAUAACAAUCAACGAUACCGCUAAGCGUGAAGUUAACACUCUACUAAUGACUAAAAUUUUAAAAAAAGUAAAAAGAGGAAGUAGAAAUUAUUUUUUGUUCAGAAAGAAUUCACGAAAAUAAUUUACACAGCCGUAUGAAACUAACUUUAGCGGUUGAAUAACAACAAACUAAGAUGGAAAAGCAAAAGAACUGUAGAAUCAGGAUUAGCAAUAGCAAGGAACCAUUGGGGAGAGAUACACCGACAUGUCUGAUAUAUAUGUUCUUAAAUACCGUAUUUAUUCAAAUAAGCGCAGAACCUCGAAUUAGGGCCCACCUCGAAUAAGCGCCCAUCCUAAUGGCAGAAAAAGGUAAUAAGCGCCCACCACCACCCCACCCCCCUCCAACGAUGUCGGACAUUGUGAAGGCAGCACCAGAGAAUUCACUAAUUAUUGACGUGAGCGACGAUGAGAUGGAAAUUGAAAUUGAACAAGUACUAUUAAAUAGGAGACUUUCCCGAAGACGGAUUUUUAUUCAGAUUAUUUAACUGAAACCUUGCUUGGUUACAUCUUCGCGUUUUCUUAUUUCCGUUUAUUGUGCAUGUUUUGUUGCAAAGUAAACAUACCAUAUUACUGAAAAUGGUGAAAAUCUAAUAAGCACGAAGCCUGCGAUAAGCUCCCGCCUCGAAUAAGCGCCCGCUCUCCAGGUCCAAAAAUUUUAAAUUUUUUGGGACCUGGGCGCUUGGAAUAAAUACAGUAAGACCAUGUACUUUUCAAAGUGUAGAGAAAAGUCAGUAGAAGACCAAAAAAAAUUUCUUGCUGUUCCGCUGACGGAAUUCAUUUUACAGGGCUCACUGACUUAUUAUUUUAAAUUUUACGUUCUUAUUGUUUCUUUAGGUUUAUGAUGUCAGCAAAUUUCUCACACAUCAUCCAGGCGGCUCAGAUGUCCUUUGCAUGGCAGCAGGGAAAGAAGUUACUAUCGUGUUUGAGACAUAUCAUGCCUUCAGUGAAGUUGCCCCCAAGUAAGCUCUUGAAGUAGCUCUAGGCUCUCUUUACAUACUUAUUCGUUCCAGGCUGUUCUUGGACGUGUGUUCUCCUUAGUGCCCUUGCUUUAACAGUGCUGUGUCAGCGAUACCUUUGAGUGAGGGGUCUCGGGUGUUUCUGCGAUUUUUUUAGGCUUGUCAUACACGAGUAGCUAUGAAGUCAGCGUAUUAGAAGACCCUUGUUAUUGCCCGGCCGCACCUGAAAACGAUAACUCUCCGUAUUUCGAAGAUUCCACGUUCAGUCUGUUUUCGAAGACGAUUGUUUCCUUAAACCUCCUCAAAAGGGGCGAAAAGGGAAGACGCAUAAAAAGGUAUACCGUAAAUGCUCGAAUUAGCGCCCGGGCCGCUUAUUUAAUUUUCUAAGGCGAGAGGAGGGGGGGGGGGAGGCUUAUUCGAAGUUUACGAGGAACUUAAUAAAGUGAAGCAGCUAUGUUCUCACAUGGAUAUUUCUAUUGAGGAAAUGAGAAGCAAACCUGUGCGACUUUGAAAGGACGUUACUGUUUACACUAUUAUGAAAUACUGUUCUUUUAAUGAAAUGUCACAUUUCAUUAAAAGAACAGUAUAGAUCGUAUACGUCUCGUAUAUCGUACCGAGUACCGAAACUCAUUUUUUCUUGGGGGGGAUGGGGGCGCUUAUUUGGAAGCUGGGCGCUAAUUCGAGCAUUUACGGUAUGUGCAUUCAAGCAAAAACGCUUUUAGUGUGGACAAGAUAAAAACACCUCGGGCGAAAAAGCCUUUUCGACAAAUCAAAUUCCCGCCCAUGGCGCUGGCACCGCAAGGUCAUUGCGAUGGGUUUUGAUUCGCUUACUGGUCCGAGCACUUUUUCGCCGAGCAAUCAGGGGUGAACAUUUUCCCGGUCUAAGGGCGGGAACCAUCAGGUCACAUUUCGAUUGGCUUGCUAGAUAGGGAACAUAAGUUGCCGGUUGACGAGAAGAAUUACGACACCAGCCCUUAAGUUGAGAAUGAUGCUGACCAAAACCAACAGAAUUGUGUUCUCUUGCUAGAGCCAAAGUAAAUAAUUAGUGGGCAAUUAUACCUUUCGUCCAGUAAGCCCAGCAGAACUUCAAACCUAGCACAUGAAAAGCCUGCGAGAAGAGCAAGUUAAAAUUCAAAUUGUUUUGGGAUCACUAAAAAUGGUGUAAGUCAGAUGGUAUGUCCCCCAUACCCUUGACUGACAUGUUAAGGACAAAAAUUCAACAAUUAUUGUGAGAGGGACCCAGCUUUGAGUCAUUACAACGAUCCAUAGUAUGGUAGGAAAGUUGAAGAACUGACACAUUUAAUUUUUCUUUCAACAGAACAUUACAAAAGUACUAUGUUGGUGAUCUUGUUACCAAUAAGUUUCCAACUUUCCCCGAACGUGGGUAAGCAGAACCGAGACAAAAAUAAGGAUGAAAGUACUUUUAGCAAAUGUCAAAUGAAUGCUUGCAAAAUUUUGAACUUCCUCAUGGUUGACGAGACGAACUUCAAUUCUGAAGGUCGGGGCUCACUUUGUUUUUUUGUUUUUCUAAGUAAAAUGCUAAAUUGAAGUUGCUUUAUUGGACAAAAAACUUUUCUUCAAAUUUAUCUCCACCAAGGUGUACACCGUAAUUUUUAGGGAGUUAUUAUAACUCCAAAAAUGGAGUAAAAAUUUUAGGUACAGGAUAACCCCUUUUUUGGGGUUAUUUUAACUCCUAAUUUAACUCCGAAUUUGGGGUCAUUUUUACUCCUGAAAAAGAGUUCUUUUACUCCCAGUCUGGAGUUAAAAUUACUCCGAAAUGGGGUUACUUGUACUCCUUACAUGGGUUGUUUUUACUCUUUUCGGAGUUAAUUUAACUCUGAAAGUGGAGUAAAAAUUUUAGGUACAGGAUAACUCCUUUUUUGGGGUUAUUUUAACUCCUCAAUAUCUGGGGUUACUUUUACUCCUGAAAAAGAGUUCUUUAAACUCCUUUUUGGAGUUAAAAUAACUCCACGAAAAAUAACUCCACUGUAAAGAGUUAAAUUAGCCCCACUAGAGGAGUUAUUAUAACUCCCUGAAAAUUACAGUGUGUAAUGCUUGGAUAGCCCUGUGUCCGAAUGACUAACAUCCCUCCACGAUGCUUUGUGCGGUAGAAAUCAGCUACGAUCGCUCGAAAUGCACUUAAGAAUUUUUUCUUUGAAAGUAGCUAUUUUUACAGUCAAAUCAGUUACUGCACAUCUCCCAAAAACGUAAACAUAGAGUUAUUCCCGGCCUUGUUUAUAGUCAUUUCCUGACAUUGAAACACCGAAAUAAGUCGGGCACCUUGCAACGGCCCAAUCGAUGCUUUACAGAGAGCAGCUGGAUUAUCUACUGACAUUAUUAGUUUAAAAACUGGAUCCAUUUUAAACCAGUUGUAGUUAUAAUGUUUAAUUUUAUUUGGAGAUGCGUACAGCUCGGCAAGUUCUUUAGCGUUAAAAUGCGUUUAUUGCAGGGCCUUUUACAACACAAUGAGAGAGAAGGUAAAGAAUUAUUUCAAGGAAACAAAACAGGUAAGCUGAGUAUAAACAUGAAUCUAGAAAUAUUGAACAGCAUAUACAACCAGAUCGACUUGUAUUCUACAAUUUACUAGGAUAGAGUAAUAUCCAGAGCCUGGGUGUUCCAUGAAGUAUACGUACAAGAGCAAUAAUUGAGCCGAGAAAGUCGCCUUUAUUUCGUCAACCCUGCCCUCCACUGCCUUUUUCAUAUCCAGUCUCCCUACCCACACAGUCAAGCAACCUGAUUGCCUAAAACCACAGCGCUUGCGCGCAUGCUCUGAUUGUCUAACCAUGAGCGAGUUGACUAGGCGAGUCAAAGUGGGUAUAUAUUGCUCGCCUAGCCGGGUCACCCUUUACGUAAACGGUUCGCCAAGUUUUGUAUGGAAACAUAAAAGACGUUGGCUCCCCCAGGAUCCGCUCGGAUAGGUGGUUGACCUUUUUGCCCGAGCCAACUUUUCUCCAAAUACAUGGGGCUUUAGCUGAAGAGGGUGCCUAUAGGGUUAGCAGUUAACUGAUAUUUGACCAAAAAAAAAACAGUAUUCAACUAACAAUUGGCCAAAAAAUUAGUAGUUAACUGAGAAAUGAAAAAUUAACAGUUAAGUGACAUUCUAUUAAUACAAUCGUUGAUGUUACCGAAAGCAACAUAGUUUUGCAACAAGAAAUACUAUUUUCUGCCUUUUUUCUGUCCAGCUGAUCACCCAGUGGCACAUUAACUGAUACUAUGUGCGAAAAGCACCAAAUUAGUCGUUAACUGAGAAUUGAGUACUCCCAUUAGCACCCUCACUGAAGUAUUCUGUUUCAACAGGAUCCCAAAAGCUCACCAUGGAUGUGGUUAAGAUUCAUUAUUAUGCCAUCGAUAGCGGUUACCAUGUAUCUUGCACAGGUUAGUUCAUUUCCCAGUUCCCAAACGAGGCCUUCUUUUAACGUUGCAAAGUUUGCUUGUUUGUUUAUUUUGAAAAGAGGUUUCCGUUCAAAGUCAAGAAGCUUUUAUGAGAUAGUGUAAGGUAAAGGCUCAUACAGACGGUACAAAAUCUGACGCAAAAAUAUAUAUUGUUCACAGCAAAAUGAAGCGUAACGAUGCGGUAGGGCUAUAUUUAAAAGGCCGUUAGUUUGUCCCAGAACAUGCGCGCUCAAAGAUACGUGUGAAUCAAAAAUAACCAAGUUAAAAUUUGCUAAGGAAAAAAAAGAGUUAAAAUGAAAACUCUAGCCUGAAAAAAUACAGCCGUUUCUCCUUGCUCCCCGCCGCUAAAGACGUUUCGCUACGUCCCUAGCUGAGAGGAGCAAGGAGAAACCAAGUUGUAUUCAUAGGCUAUUGAAACUCAAGCCAUAGGCUUUUAUCGAAAAAAAAAAAAACAUCACUGUAGUCCUGCAUCGAAUGUUCCCGCUGGCUGUAUUUUUUUUGUUGUUUUUGAAAUUUUGGUCCGAUCGGCAUCACUGAUGCAUGCAUGGUCGACAGCGACACUUUUUAACGUCAGUUUCACACGAAAAACCGUCGACACUUGUUUGUUCACAGUCCCAAAGAAAAAAAUAAUUACAAAUGGACAAGACUUUUACCGGGGGGGAGGGUACUCCCGUAUAUAAACCAUAUAGGUAUGGUCCGUACCAUCGGGUAGGGUUUUUGCGCCGUUUUGGUCUGAAAACGGGUAUACACUUUUCCCAUUUUGGUCUAGAAUCGGGUAUGGUUUUCGAUGGAACUAUGGAGUGUAUGAACGUAUUUAUCUUUUCACUUCCAAAUGAGUAAGAAAGGAAGAGAAAUAUGCGUAUUCGAAAUGGAUUUGGAUAAUUUUCUUGUUAGCGCUCUAAUCUAAGUGAUGAUAACAUAAUUUCUGCCUAAAGGCGUAGGUCUGAAAACGAGUAUUGGUUCUAGUAAGAGUUCUUGUUUGAAAUCGGGUGUAGAAAACCACAUUUUUUGGUCUGAAAUCGGGUCAGGAUUUGAAGAACCGGGCGGCACACCCUCACCAAGAAUUCCCUGGAGUACCCCCCGGGGACUUUUAAAAGUAACUUUUAUGAAUUACUUCACUUUCUAAAUUCAUUGUAGUCUUCUUUUGUUCCAUUCUGGUUCCAUUCCUGUAUAGAUGUUCUGGUUGAUCGACAAUUUUUUUCUUUCCUGUGUUGCGACCUCACUUAUGGGAUGGUUCUCGGCUCAAACAGCAAUGCACAAUGUUCACGAUGCAAGGUAAACUGCAAGUUAAUCUUUUCUUCUAUAUUAAAAAAAAAAACAACAACAAAAACAGCGCCCACGGUUGACCCACUAGCCAAGUAACCCUCAAUGAUGAAGAUACUCGUUUUAGAUCAGACUAAAUAUUUUAUGAUGCCGAGUUUAGAAAACCUAUAAUAUGUUGCAUUUGUAAGACCUGGUAAAAAAAACUGUCACUUUUGGUAAUUAGUGAUUUUGACCACCAAGAUAGAGGAAAAAGGCAAAGGAAAAAACAACACAAAGAAAUAAUCACACAGCCUGGUUGAAAUCUGCUUUGUAUUUUUGCUUAUCUCGUGGGGUAGGGGAGGGGGUAGGCGGAGGUUUACACAAAGUAUGCAGUCUAUCUUUAGAUGUGUCGCUCUUUACUAUCGAAUCUUAUUGUUUUUCAUCAGCCACUUUGCCGUGACAAGCAAUCCCAUUAUGUGGAGAGUGGUUGGUCAUAUUCAUGACUUCUUAAUAGGAGCGUCUUACCACGUUUGGGUUUAUCAGGUAAACUGUAUUGCUCGCGAUAGACGCACAAAAUUGAGUGGCUUGUCAGCACAAGGGGUUGCUUUACACAAGACCAAAACAAGAACUAAGCACAUAUACCACCAACCUCCACUGCUUGACCAUAUUACGCAUGCGCCAGCCUAAAAUGAUAAGAUGCGCAGUAACAGUAAGCUUUCACUCGGUUUUGGGCUCAUCAGCAGUGUCAUGAUCGGCAGGCCCCGUACAAGGCAAGGUGCAAAGAUUUUGAUUAAUCGCAUACUCACCGCACGCCAUGUGGUAGCUGUUGGCUGAAAACUGCAAAGCGAUUACAUAUAUUACGCAACAACAAUGCAAACAUAAGCAAAAGCAGUGCGCACGCAUCGACCACAGACGCUAUAAUACACUGUAUUUCGUAAGUUACACAUUUUAUGAAAUACCUGUUACCUCGCCAAAAGCUGAAACCUACCUAUCACAACAAUGAAUAUAAUAAAAUGUUGGUUAAUCGAAAAAUAAAAAGAAUUGCUAUUGUCGAAUUUUAACAGUAGAAUGUUUCAAACUUUUAAGUACGGUCAAUAUAGGAAUUCAGCAUUUCGAGGUUUUUAUUUUUAGCACAUCUUUGGUCAUCACCCUUACACCAACAUCGAUGGUUUUGAUCCUGAUAUCAGCACAGCCAAACAUGUGAGUGGCUUCUUUUAUUUUACAGUUAGUAAAGUAAGCGUCCGGGUGGUUUUAUCAACAAAAAUGGACACCUUCCAAAAACUUGCACUUGGUGUUAGUCCCUGCCCUUGUUGAGUCUUUUCUACAGGCCCUAAUAGCGCUAUUCACUGGAUAAAUCAAAAUCUACAGGAUAUCCCUCUGGAUAGCAAUUUAUCCGGUGGAUAGCACUAUUCACUGGAUAAAUCACAAUCUACAGGAUAGCCCUCUGGAUAGCAAUUUAUCCGGUGGAUAGCGCUAUUCACUGGAUAAAUCACAAUCUACAGGAUAUCCCUCCGGAUAGAAAUUUAUCCGGUGGAUAGCGCUAUUCACUGGAUAAAUCACAAUCUACAGGAUAUCCCUCUGGAUAGCAAUUUAUCCGGUGGAUAGCGCUAUCCAACUUUUUGAACGACCGGCGCCUGGUGUACAACUCUCUUAGAAGGAUACAAAGUGGCGGUCUUAGCGGUGUCAACCUUUAAAAGAAUCGACCCCACUUUUUUUGCUUGGAUCGAUUGUGUAGUUCAGUGCUAGUAUCUUAGAAAUGUAUCCAUCAUUAAUAGUCUCUUUUAUUUCCUCGUUAUUUUUUUCACAUUACGCAGUCCCUUAAUGAUUUUCUGCUUCUCGUAGAAGCCAGACAUGAGACGGAUUAAAUGGGAUCAAAAUUGGCUUCCUCGAUACUUUUACCAGCAUAUCUACAUGCCACUGAUUUACUGCUUGGUAAGUAUAUAUUUCUUAGCCUGUUCUAGGCGCUCAGAUUGUGGGGACCCUGCAAAGAGCGUGUGAGCAGGAAAAUUAGUGAGAGGGUUAGGUAGGGGUUGAGAGCAAAGGAACCCUCUUUCAUCUCUUUCUUCUAAAUUUUUCCCGCUCUCUACUAUCGUAACACCUUGAACAGGCUAAACUUUGUUAAUGUCGCGUGCAACGAGUAAGAAUCGGUAUAAAGAGACAAUAGUAGGGACUCACCUAGGAAGUGAACGUUCUAUUUAUUUGUUUGCAUAACUCUUUUGCUAGACUUUCUUAGAAGGCAUGGUCAGUUAGUUUUAUGCCCUCAGUUUAAUCAAGUUGAUAUUUUUCGUUCAUUUUAAACUUACAGCUAGGUUUGAAAACCAGGUCUCAGGAUAUUGCAACUCUGUUCAUUUACAAGAAAAAUAGUAAGUUCAAUUUAGAUAUUUGGUGACGGAGGUUUUAGAAAAACCACUGAGAAUAACUGAAAAUUAACGAUCACAGUAAUGAAUGACGGUUUCGAUGACUCCAUGUCAUCAUUUUCAAGUUCGUGUAGCUCACGGAAUUAAGAACUACACGAAUUUGAAAGUGAUGACCGACAUGUAGUCAUCGAAACGUCAUUCAUUGCUAUCGCUAAUUUUUCUUCUCAAUUAGAUAUUUAAAUGUGAAAUACGUUUUUCGGCAUUAAGCAGAGAUUUUACACGCAUUUAUAUUACAUACGGUUGUGUAUCGAUUACAUCGCACCCAACUUUACGGUCUUAGACCAACUUUGCAACUUAACAAAUUUACCCACACCUCUCCCGUUACGUCAUUUCAGUACCAAACAUUUUCUCCACACCAUAAUUCUUAAAAUAUUUUGUUUGUAUCACCCCAUGUAAAGAGAAUGUAGAUAUCGAAAUCCUGGAAAUUUCUGAUAGUCGCGGAGUUUACCUGGUGGAAUCCAGAAUACUGGGCUUUGGAAUCCUAAAUACAGCCAAUGGAAUCCGGAAUCCCACAGAUGAUUGAAAUCCGGAAUGGAAUCCACAAUUCCACUAAUGGUUGGAAUCCGGAAUCCAAGAUUCACUGACAAAGAAUACGGAAUCCACGGCCUGGGACGGUCUUAGAUUCGCGGAAUCCACGGCCUGGGACAGUCUUAGAUUAGCGGAAUUACGGCGUGGGACGGUCUUAGGUUUGCAGAACCACGGCGUGGGACGGUCUUAGCUUCCCUUCCUUGGGCAAUUCAAAAUUUUUCAAUUUCGUGUCGAAUAGGCCACUUCCGAGUUCCAAAAACCCUCACUUUCAAAAUGAGGUAAUCGCAGCUCUUGUUUUACGAACAAUAGAGAAACUUUCUUUAAUUCAACUAUGAAAGAAAGAAAGAGAAAUCUGCCAAUUUGAAAUGUGUUUAAAGAAUUGUUUUGUUGGUAUUCGAAUAUAUCUAAGUAAUGAUCAGCCUAUAUAUGCCAGGUCUGAAAACGAGUAUCGAUUUUAGAGGUCAGGUCUGAAGUUAUAAAUCGUUCUAUCAAGGGAAAUUAAAGAUGCAUGCUACUUCUGUUAGACGAAUUAAGUUAAAUACUUACCUUUUCAGAAGUGUAUUUUAUUAAUUUUAAGAUUUCCUUCAGGGAUUUAUCUUUACUUUUAGCGGUUAGUUUUACUGUUCUAGUUCGUUUUAUUAUAAUUGAUAUUCCACUGGCACGCGCACUUUUGUUGGUCUGAAAAAUUUACUGUGAGCACAAGGAAAUUUUUACUCCAAAUUGUACUCGGAAUGAUGUGAUUACCUAUACUUAUCUGUCAAUGCUCUUUCCAGGCACCGUAACUUUGAAUCUGCCCUCUACCUCUCACAUGGUGGUGUUUAUUGCUGGCAAGCUCUUCUUUUUGUUUCAUAAAAUCUUGCUACCUGCGAUGUGGCUCGGGGUUUGGAAAAUGGUAAGCUGAGUCAUUUUACUGACAGUAUAACUCAGACUAUACGGGUAGUAAAAUAGUACUAACUAGUAAUACUAAUAGUAUACUACCAGCUCCAAAAACCCUCAGGUUCAAAAUGAGGUCAAUUGCAAGUGCACAACCUUUCUUGCGGAAAGGAGUUUUAUUUGCAUGAGAAUGAAAAAUCGUUUCCUUAUCAAAGGCUGAGAACUUAAUAUUUUUAUACAGAGAACCGGGGGAACUCGCAAAAAACCUGUUCCAGGCUCCGAGAUAGUCGGAUCCGCUGAAUUGAGAAAGCGCGAACUUGAGGGGUUAUGGCCGCGCGAUUGUGGCUGAUCUGUAAGGUAGAGAGUCACAUACUGGAUAAUUGUUGAUACUAUACCGGAUAGCUAAUAAACUGUAAUGUCUUAACGCUGAUGCGGAUAACAAAAAAAGAAAUGUUAGGGAUUAGUAAGGUGAAUAUGAGCGGCAGUGAAAACGAAAAGUGUGCACUGGAACCCAAGCACCCGCGAGCUCUGAUAUUCUUUCCUUUGGAAUACAAGCUGUUUCUAACUUUCUCUCGUUUCUCUUUUUUGGUUUAGAUUGUCCUUUUCAGCAUUUGCGAGAUGGUAGGAAGCUACUGGAUGGCCCUUACAUUCCAGGCCUCACAUGUUAUAAGCGAGGUUUGUUACGUUGAAAAGUGAUUACAAUGGAGCUUAUCUUGUGAUGGGCCUUUACUGAUAUUAAGAGUUAGAAAACUGCAUUAAAUUUUGCUUAAUAUAUUAUGCAAUAUUCUGUGAAAUCUAAGUGUACAGAAAGAGUUUCCGAGUUGCCCAAAAGUUGGGGAAAGGCUAGAUCUGGAAAGGCAAAGUAUUUUUAGCUACUCAAGGGCGGACGCGGAAACUAAAAUGAAUUGUAUUUGGCUAAUUUCUAUUAUUAAAAACCUCUAUUAAGCGGACACCGGACUGAAUAGUAGUAUUGGAUUAAAUCCUUAAAAUACGGACUGUAGUCGAUUAAUAAAGGUAAAUCAAUACAUUUAGCUGUUAAAAAACUGUAGAUAAGACCGAUAUCCGGCAGUAUGAUGAUUGUCAUCAGCAAUCAAAUUUCACCUAAAAGUCUUGUACAAAGUACAGCACAGCUUCCUUAACAAAAUGGAUCCGAGCUUUAUUACCACAGUAAAGAGUAACAGUUGAAAAAUUAUCGUUAACAAACGUUGCGCAAUUUUUAGAAACCUCUAUUAAGCGGUCACUUUGGAAGGUCUCGAAGGUGUCCUCUUAAUAGAGGUUUCGCUGUAUUUCUCUUAAGGAUAGAAACUGUUGAACUGAACAAAGUAAAGGCUCUCUAUCCGAUCAAAAUAACAGUCGUUGGAUUUGAUAUCGGCAAAUCAGGUGAAAGCCUCCUUUAUCGCCCUUAGAGGCCACACCCAUUGCGCUCUUUUGCCAUCA